CUUGGAGCCAAAAGAGGGACUUUCCAUUGUUCACUUGUUUUUGCCAGAUGGCAAGGACUGUGUUUGCCUUACUUUCCGUUCCAAAAGAUGUGCUUUGUUGCAAGUUCUUGGACGAUCGCAAUAGCUUGUGGAUAAGAAAAGCAAAGUGACUCAUUCAUGGCAUAUUUUUAGCUAUUAAGCGUGAUCGGAAGGUGGCCUUUUUACGUAGCUAUCUUUUGCUUAUGCUUUUUGGAGAAGAAGGCCCAACUAAAAGCAAAGAGUUGCAGUUUGACACCAUCACACAAUGGAUUGCCAAUUGCCGCCUGUAUUGAACCGAACAUAAACUGAAAGUCAACAUUUUAAACUAAAGUUUUAUGUCAAGUCACUGGUUGGUAAUAACGUCUCCAGUAAAAAAAGCAAAACCAUGGCAAAAGAGAAACCAACAAAUUAUUCAAAGUCAGUUCGCUUGCUUCUUGAAGAUGGAAUAAAGAACCACAGUAAAAAAAUAUGUUUAUGUGGAUUUAGCCUUCAAGAGGCACCCUAUCUUGUUUUUGAGGAUCCAUUUCACAGAUGUCUGCAGCAUUUGGAUUUAAGCAAUAACAUGCUUUUGUCUUUGAACACCCAGAUUGGUCUGCUAGAGAAUCUAGCUAUUCUGAUUCUGUCAGGGAAUCAACUGAUGCAAAUCCCAAAUGAAAUUGGAUUUUUAAGAAGACUAAUGAUGCUAGAUUUGUCAAGGAACUGUCUGAAAAUAAUACCUAAAGACAUAAAUAACCUAAAGGAAUUAGAGACAGUAAAUCUCAGUGGGAAUCAGUUGUCGGUUGUUCCUGAAUACCUUCUGAGGCUACCAAAGUUACAGAAAGUGUUUUUCAUUAGAAAUCCAUAUUUAGAGAAUAUUCCUAGAGAAAUUGCUUCUAAAGGUCUGGAGGCAAUGCGAGACUAUUUGGGAAUCAAAGUUGAGAAAUAUGAAGUUGUCUCAGAAAUAAAAGUUGUUGAUAAUACUUUUAAAAAUGAAUGUCCGCGGAUGAUUUCUGAGAUUGAAAAAGAUUGGAUACUUGAAAAUGAACAGUAUGUCAAGAAAAUGAAAAACGCUUGUACUCAGCUUGAUGAGCAAGAGUGUGAUGAAAUUAUAUCAAAGCAUCAUGUAAGCCAAUCACAACUAGAGAGGUCUGCAAGUACACAAACUGAACCUGAUGAAGAUGGACUUUUGCUUGAAAACAUAGAGCAUGAAAAGAAGUCAAUUCAUGAAAGCUUUACUAAGAAGCCUAUCAAUGGAGAUUUUUGUGUCAAAAGAAACCAGAACAGAAAGUGCAGCAAUAUAAAUGAUGCAAUUGAAAACCUUGUAAAAAUAUUUCGCCAUCAAAUUCAUCUUAUUUCUGAGAGUAAAGGAAGUUUUCCACCAGAAGAAUUAAAGACGAUACCAUUAGCAAAGAAUUGUUUUGGACACAUUGAUUUGAGCAGUGGCAUUUUGUCACCAUCAAGAAAGCCAGGAGCAUCGUGUCAAUGCUGUGGGUUAACAAAAAGACGCCUUUCAACAUCAGAGUAUGGCAGCAUGUCAGCUUAUAGUCAACAACAUGAAAGCAGUUUCAUAUUUAACCAAGAUGAUCACAGCUGUGAUGGAACUGAUGGUAGCCAACAUUCUGAUAAUUUUAGUGAUAUGGAUGAUGACAUAUCAGACACAGAAUGGCUUAGCAGUUCAACUUCAGACCUUGAUUUCUGGUCUUCCUCACAACAUGUAUACAUCAAUGCAUGCAAGGAGGUAGUGAUUCAACAAUAUGGAAUUACCCUGAAAAUUCCUCAUGUCAAUCUCAGUGGUCAUGAACAAGCAGAGUUUUCAUUCCAGGUUAUUAGUGAUCCUGAAUUCUCACCAGAAUUGACAAAUAAUAUGCAACUUGCAACACCCAUAGUGUAUGCAAAACCUCAUGGGGCAAAAUUCUACUCAUCUGCCCAAGCCACAGUUGAACUGCCUUUGAACAUUGUCAUUGAAAAUGGCAUGACUUUGCAAUGCUUUGUCAGUGACACAAACAUUGAUGAUUCUCCCAACUGGGAAGAAAUAUCAUCAGAUGAAUUUGAUUUUUCGCACAAUAUGGUGAGAAUAAGAACAACUCAUUUCUCGUUGUUUUGUGCAAUGGCAUCAAAAUAUUAUGCAUCUGCAAAGCAGCAUAUUUUAGCAUCUAAUGGGGGUGAUUUAACCAUCGAUGAAGUCAGUGGACUUAAUGUCCAGUUUUCAGCUAAAUCUUUAUCAAGUGACAUUGAGGCAUCUAUAACUGUGUUGUUUGAUGAUUCGCAAUAUAAACCAGACAACAUCGAGAAACCACUGGCAAGCCCUAUUGUUGUACUUGGUCCUAAUGGAACAUAUUUUGAAGAUGAUGUUGAGAUAACACUUCCUCUUCCUGGAGCUGACAAAGUAUUUGAAGCAAUAGAGGAUCCACAAUUGAUUAUAUUGGAAAGUCAGACAGAUCUGAGUGAAAAGCCAUCAUGGAGUGAGCUCAUAACUCCCUAUCAACUCUCCAGUAUUGAUGGGGUACACACUGUAACAUUCAGAGUAAAACAUUUUACUGUUUUUACUGCAGCUUGGGAUGGCCUUGCUUCAGCUGUAGCAACAGUAACAAGGAUCAUUCCUUGGUUUUCUCAUUUAGUCUACUUCCAGGCUCUUAUGAGUGACUGUCACCACAACAACCAGUUUGGCCUUUGCAUCUUUUGUCAUCUUGCUGGAAACCCCCCGGUUACGGAUUGCUAUCAAUUUCCCAUCGAAGUUGGAAGGUCUAAACCAAGAAAACUUAAGAAAGGAGAUAUAAUAAUACAGCUUAGAUCGUCUCUCUUUAAAGCCGAUGAGGACGUUGGAGAAUCAGAAAAUGGCUUAGAAAAAAUUGAAGUUUUCAAUGGCUACGAUUUUGACAAGCAGUUUGCAUUGCGAUUCAAUGAGUAUUUUAAAGAAGGAAUUUUUGGAAAGGUUAAUAUCAGCACUAAGGCUUCUGAUGACGUGAAAAAAGAGGUCGUUGAAUUUGUACUGCAAAAAAGCUCGCAGAAAAGAAGAAAAUUAGAUGAUAAAAUCCCAACGAAACUGGAGACUGCAGCGGUACAAGAGAUUGCAGGGCUUCUCAGUAUAGAGGACAGAUGGAAAGAACUUGCGUUGGCUCUCGGCUACACGAGGCGAGAAAUAAGCACCAAAUUUGACGCUGAUAACCCGAUUAAAGAAAUAUUGACUGACUUCAUGGCUCGAGGUGGAGAUGCAGAUGAAUUUAUCAAGGCCAUGUACAAUGUUGCAAGAAGACUUAAACUUAUCCCAUACGAGCAAAUUAUGGAAAACAGAGAGAACAAGAGAAUGGAGAUUCGUCAUGAAGAAUCAAGAAGCUCUCGUUAUUGCCGCUGCCCGCCAACCCCUGAAGAGACACCGAUUCGCAACGCCAAAAGAAAACUUGACGUGAGUUGCCAUGACGACAUUCAGCUUACAGAUGCCAAGCUUGAUAAAAUUGCACGCCAAAUUGUCAGUACGUGGAAAAGCGUCGGUCGAAAUCUCAGUGUUGACGAGCGUAAAUUAUCCGAAAUCGAUCAAUCAAAUCAAAAUGAGAGCGCAAGAGAAAAAGCGUUCCAAAUGCUAAUGGCUUGGAAAGAGAUGUUUCCAGACGAAUUUUGUGCAGAGGUCUUAGGUAGAGCGUUGGUUAAAUGUGAUCUGAAGUAUACAGCUAGGCAGUAUUUGUCCUACUGAACUGAGGGCUAAGUUGGUCAUUUGAAAAGGUUGUCGAUUACUUUCUUAGUUGAGCGCUUGUUGUUGUAUACCAAACUUUGACUAAAAUGAUAUCAUAAAUAGCGUGACUUAUGAUGGCACUUUGAUUUAUGCAUUUAGUUGAUGUGAGAACACUUUUUCCUUGAAUCACACUUCCUUUUAGUGUAAAUAUUCUCCACUUACAUGUGGGCUAGUCAACUAUCUCCUGGACAUUAUAGGCCUAUGAUUUUGAUAGUGGAAACUGAUUCGGGACCAUAAAAUGAAGUUUUCGAGCAUGACAGAGUUAAAGGUCAAUAUGACAGAUUCAUUGUGAGUAGUUUGCUGUGCUCCGUAGUUUUUGCAGGUCGAAAACUCCUGGUUGCUUUAGCAAAUGAAAGCUGUAAACAUUUUCAAGCAUGGCUCAGUGCUUCUUAUCUUUUAUACUAAAUACCUAGAAAAUUUCUCGAUGCUCUUGGUCGAAAGCUUAAAAACCACAUUUCUAUUCCAAAGUGCUUCCAACUUCCUUUUUUUGUUUCUCAAUGAUGCCUUUGGUCGCGAUGAAUAGCGUUGUUUGCUAUCUUUUACCCGUGUAAGAUAUUUUUAUUUCAGUCGUCUUUUUGCAGUAUAUAUUGAAGAAUGUCAUUUAUAAGUCUUUUAUAGUCGUAUCAUGCGUUAAAUACUUUGUAAGUGAUAUUUUUUAAGUGGCAGUUUGAUAAUUGCUCUGUUUCCUUGAUACUUCCCCGGCCUUGAUUUGCUUCCGGCUUGAAAUUUGAAAAUGGCUUGAAAUUGCUGAAAACAGAUUGUGUAACUAAAGUGUACUUUUCGUUCAACUGUCUAGAGUUAUGACGUCACAAAAUAUCUUGUUAGGAUUUAUGAAAUUUUACCAGGUAGGCGGAAGAACACGGUAAACUAUCCUUUAUGUACAACAUCAGUUAAAUCUCUUCGAAAUUGGCUAAUCUGUGAUAUGGUCCGAGAAAGAUCUUGCUUUAUCAUUACUGUUAUUUUUGCCUGGUGCUGGUGCAUAUCUUCUAUAGCUUGUGCUCCAGACCCCUAACUUGAAAGUAGCGGUCUAGGACACAUCUAGACCACAGCCAAACUACUGUGAUUUGGGGGGGGGGCAAGAUUAUGUGACCAUAUGGCAACCUCUUAGGCAAUCUCCAACUCUUUUGUCAAUUCUUGGGCAAUCUUUAACCGAUCCAACUGAUUUUGCUCAUUUGGUAGUAUUUUGCUUUUUUCUUUCAAGCAAUGUGCUUAGAAUUCGAAAAUUUUAAGAAUACUUUUUUAUGACGUCAUUACCUUUGCAUUCUAUUAUCCGGGGUUUUAUACUCUAAGGAAAGUUGAACGAAAGUGUACAUACAUUACCUAUUUUCAUGCUAUUUUUUCACCAUUUUGAAAUUUUCUUGUACGAAAGAAUUUGUAUUUACUAAUAACCAGUGUUGAUUGAAAGCCCUGUUUUAGCCAAUCAGAUUCCUGUUAAAUUACACGUGCAUGUUUUAAUUUCCACCGACUAUGAUUUAGGCAAAAAACGAAUUGAUGAUAAUUUUUAUUUUUCUUUUAAAUUAUUCGGGUUUAUUUUGAUGCUGUUUCUAGAGGCUCAUUGUAUCAAUAUCCGGGUAAACAAAGCAAGGCUGCCAGAAAAUAUGUUGUCUCGAGUAAUAUAUAUUAAAUGAUCGCUGAAUUAUAAAAUCUUGAUUUUAAAUUGUAUAUUAUCGAGUUUCAUUAGAAGCAUAUUAGAUAAUUAGAGGAAAAGAUAGUUUGAUUUAAAACUUUUUUAGACA